AUGGUCGGGCUGGUGCAGCAGAACGACGACCAGCUGAGCGAGAUCAGCGUGAACAACCUGAAUCGUCGUCCCCUUGAUUAUGAGACAUCCCUGAGAAGAACAGAGAGCAACGGUCGUUUAGAUGCAUCAUCACCAGCGAGGGAAGUGUCAUGCGCAGAGUUGGCCUCCAUCUUGAUCCAGCGGGAGCACCCAAGCCCACCGGCAAAGGUACGUAGCUUGAUGUUCUUUGCGUUUCUUCAGAAUGUGAUCUGAUUUAUCUGAAAGCAAUGCCCUGUCGAUGAUGGCAGGAUGUCCACGAAGAUGUGUCUGUAGAGUUUUCUACGAGCAGGCUGGAGCAGCCGAGCCCCGUCUCCGUGCUUGACGCCGCCUUCUACAAAGAUGAUCUGCCGGCUUCACCCAUCAAGAAGGCCCUGAGUUCAUCCAGAGGUGAUCCACUUCUUGUCCCUGCAGCUCCUCUUCCAUCACAACCACAUCGAGAAUGAAAGUAAAAGCCGUCCAUUCUAACCGGUUUCUUCGGCCUGUUCCAGCAGAGGACCCUCAGAACGAUCAUCAUGUUCCCGGCAGGGGAAUCUGGAAACCGGCAGGGCCCGACAGCCGCCAGCUGCCCAACAACCCCGCAAGCGACUCGAGCUCCCCUGCGUACCACAAGACAAUUAAGAGCAUCGACAACCUGCUUCAGAAGCUCUGGUGGCUCACCUUGUCCAAGGAUGAUGAUGAUGACGACGAAAAUUCCCCGGCAGCAGCACCAACCUCCUUGAUUGAGGUGAAGAACCCCGACCACCGGUACGUGUACGAGAUGCUGAUGGCGUCUGGCCUUCUUGGGAUGGGGUCCGAUGAUGGCCCAGCGCUGCCCACCCGGCUCCACAAGUCCGGGUGUGUAAUGGAUCCUGGCCUGUUCCUCCUGCUCGAGCAGAGACACCGGCCAAGAUCCCAGGGGGAGAAGCUCCGCAGGAGGCUCCUCUUUGAUGCAGUCAAUGAGAUGUUGGCCCGCAAGGUGGAGUCUGCCGGGCUGGUCCAAAGCAGGCCUGUGCAUGGUGGGGCGCAGUUGCUGAAGGAGCUCUGCAUGGAGAUUGAUCGGCUCACUGCCCACCGGGGCGGCGCCGCCAGCUCUGACGAUGAAGAGGAUGACGCCUUGAAGCCAAUAGUGUGCGAACACAUGGUGCAGCAGUCAGAGGGAUGGGCAGACUUUGGCAAGGAGGCCUCUGGGCUUGUUCUUGACCUCGAGCGAUCCAUAUUCAAGGACCUGAUCGGCGAGCUCGUCAAUGGUGAGGUGGCAACUGCUCUGAGCCUUCCGGCCAGACUCAGCAGGUCACUGUUCCGCUAA